AUGGCUGCCGGGUUGAGGGACGCCCUGGCGGCAUACAAGGCCCUUCUGGGCCCUGCAGCAGACCCUCAGACCCCCGAGGAAGCCGAGAGAGACCGAGGCGCCUACUUUCAGCAGCUGCGGGACAGCCUGAGCCCCGGCCCCUCUCUGGCCAACGAGGUCCAGGCCUGGCCCCGUAGUCCUGCCGCCGACCUGCCUCGCUCCCGCCACCUCUCCAUCUCCACGGGCAUGCGCCUUAGGUAUCUGGAGUGGGGCAGAGGCGGGGACGAGACCGUCCUCAUGUUGCACGACGCUGGUUCCGGUGCUGAGGCCUGGUCGCCCGUGGCAGGGCCCUUGGCCGCCCGUGGUAUGAGGGUGCUGGCCGUCGACAUGAGAGGCCACGGCGACUCCACCUGGUCCAGCGACCGCCGCUACUCCCUCCCGGUGCUGGCGGAGGAUGUGCUGGCCUUCAUUACCGCCCUGGACCUCUACACUCGCCCCCUGGCUCUAGUUGGAGUGGGCGUCGGCGGCGCAGUCGCCAUGGCCGUUGCCCAGCAGCGCCCCCGCCUGGUAGGGGCCCUGGCCGUCGUAGAGUUCGCCCCUCCCAUAUUCGAGGAGACUGGCAGCGCCAAGGAUGGCAAGAUGCCAGAGCAGCUGGAGGACGACCGGAGGGGGGGAGCACCUGUGGAGGACGGACCGGGCUGCUCCAAGAGUUAUGAGCCUGGCUAUCGCAGCCCAGCAACCCGACUCCCCGCCUGGCAGCGCAGCCGGGCCGGCGAGGCUGCUGCUUCAUCAACCCCUGCCAACAUCUCAGCCAGCCUGCUGAGCGCCCCAUGGUGGGGCGGGUACCCGGGCCAGGGCGCUCGAUUCGAGGGCCUGGUCCAGCUGGCGGCCCUGCUGGGGCACCCGCUCUCGGCGCUGGGGCCCCACGACGCCGCUUCCUGCGUGGCGUGGAUGGCGGCGAUGCGCGAGGGGGGAUCGACAGCCGAGGCCGAGGCGGCGCGGACAAAUCUUCAAAGGACGCUGACGACGCCGAGGGCGGCAGUGGCAGCGGCCGCCGCCGCAUGGACGGCCGUGCGGCUGCCGCCUGGAGCCCAACCCGAGGAACUCGCGGCAAACGCCCUCGCUGGUCCCUUGGACCUCCGCGCCGACCCUGCCUGGCUGUUCCACUUCGACCCGGGCGCGGUCCUGCGGCGCAUGCCGGCCGUCACCGCGCACAUCGCCGUCAUGGACUUCCUGGAGGGGCCGGCGAUGGCGGCCCUGCAGAGGGGCAGCGCGGUGAGCAGGCGCCCUGAAGUCCUGGGUCUGAAGACCCUGCCCCGCUUUGACACCCUGCAGGACGCGCAAAAGGCGCUUGGACCCCGGCCCCUCCCCAGGCCAGAGGCUGUGGAGGAAGCCCUGAGGAAGCUGGAUCUGGAGAACGGAGAGGAGCCAGGUUCAGUGGGUGACGCACACCAGACAGCCCUGGCCAACAACCCCUCCGACUACUUUGGCAUGGUCGGGUGA